CCGGCCGCCGCUCCUGCGGGAGGGUCAGGAGAAGCCGAGGGAGCAACAGGACUGGCCCUGGUCAUUUCCACGCCCAUCCCACCCACUUCCUGCCUCCCUCUUGGGCAACAAAGGGGCCUCGGGAAGCUGGGCCCAUUUGGUUCCCGGCCCCACUCCUACUCCGGCACUGCUGAUGUGGAACCGGGUUUGGGCUCUGCCCGGCUAUUGUCUGCGCUGGGGGAGGGGACGGGCUGAGGCCGGGAACUCUGCACGCAGCCUGCUGCACCAGGUCCCCCACUGGAGGUCUUUGCCUAACCGCCGACCUGCCUCUGCCGAGCAAGGGGUAGACCUUCCGAAUUAGGUCUCAGGGCUGGCCGGAGUCCCACCGGUAGCAGGUCCUGUUUCUUACGAUUAUUCUAAGAAACUCCGAAACCUUUUAGGCCUGAAGGAGGAAAGGGGUGAAGGGAAGAUCUCUUUCUUAUUUUUUCUACACAACUCCCUGUUGAAGAGAGGGAGCAGGGAUGGCCUGGAGGCCACGGAAGGCUUUUUGAUGACUGUCCACGCCUAGAACUUGCUGACUCAGUUCCUCCCCUUGCUCUUCUGAGAGACCCCCAGGGCCUCUGGGGGCAGAGCAGGGCUGCUGGACUGAAGUUUAGACCCUGGGUGUCUGCCAUGGCCCCACACUGGGCUGUCUGGCUGCUGGCAGCAGGGCUGUGGGGCCUGGGCAUUGGGGCUGAGAUGUGGUGGGACCUUGUGCCCCGGAAGACAGUAUCUUCUGGGGAGCUGGCCACAGUAGUGAGGCGGUUCUCCCAGACGGGAAUCCAGGACUUCCUGACCUUGACCCUGACAGAGCAUUCUGGGCUUUUGUACGUGGGGGCCCGAGAGGCGCUGUUCGCCUUCAGCAUAGAGGCUCUGGAGCUGCAAGGAGUGAUCUCCUGGGAGGCCCCAGCCGAGAAGAAGAUCGAGUGUACGCAGAAAGGGAAGAGCAACCAGACGGAAUGCUUCAACUUCAUCCGCUUCCUGCAGCCGUACAACGCCUCCCACCUGUACGUCUGCGGGACCUAUGCCUUCCAGCCCAAGUGUGCCUACAUCGACAUGCUCACUUUCACCUUGGACCGGGGAGAAUUUGAGGAUGGGAAGGGUAAAUGCCCGUAUGACCCGGCGAAGGGCCACACUGGACUCCUUGUGGAUGGUGAGCUGUACUCAGCCACGCUCAACAACUUCCUGGGUACAGAGCCCGUUAUCCUGAGGAACAUGGGGCCCCACCACUCCAUCAAGACAGAGUACCUGGUCUUUUGGCUGAAUGAACCCCACUUCGUAGGCUCCGCCUAUGUCCCCGAGAGCGUGGGGAGCUUCACGGGAGAUGACGACAAGAUCUACUUCUUCUUCAGUGAGCGGGCCGUGGAGUACGACUGCUACGCCGAGCAGGUGGUGGCCCGCGUCGCCCGCGUCUGUAAGGGCGACAUGGGGGGAGCGCGGACCCUGCAGAAGAAGUGGACGACGUUCCUGAAAGCGCGGCUGGUGUGCUCGGCCCCUGACUUGAAGGUCUACUUCAACCAGCUGCGGGCGGUGCACACCCUGCCGGGAGCCUCCUGGCACAACACCACCUUCUUCGGGGUCUUUCACGCGCGGUGGGGUGACAUGGACCUGUCAGCGGUCUGCGAGUACCAGCUGGAACAGAUCCAGCAAGUGUUCGAGGGGCCCUACAAGGAGUACAGCGAGCAGGCCCAGAAGUGGGCGCGCUAUACCGACCAGGUCCCCACGCCUCGGCCCGGCUCGUGCAUCAACAACUGGCACCGCGACAAUGGCUACACCAGUUCCCUGGAGCUGCCCGACAGCACGCUCAACUUCAUCAAGAAGCACCCGCUGAUGGAGGAGCAGGUGAGGCCGCGGCUGGGCCGGCCCCUGCUCGUGAAGAAGAACACGAACUUCACACACGUGGUGGCCGACAGGGUCACCGGGCUGGACGGCACCACCUACACAGUGCUGUUCAUUGGCACAGGAGAUGGUUGGCUGCUGAAAGCUGUGAGCCUCGGGCCCUGGAUCCACAUGAUUGAGGAGCUGCAGGUGUUUGACCAGGAGCCAGUGGCAAGCCUGGUGCUGUCGCCCAGCAAGAAGGUGCUUUUCGCUGGCUCCCGCUCUCAGCUGCUUCAGCUGUCCCUGGCGGACUGCACAAAGUACCGUUUCUGUGUAGACUGUGUCCUGGCCCGGGACCCGUACUGUGCCUGGAACGUCAACACCAGCAGAUGCGUGGCCGCCGCCAGGGGUCACUCAGGCAGAUCCCUUCUGAUCCAACAUGUGGCCAACUUGGACGCCUCAAAGAUGUGUAACCAGCAUGGCAUUAAGAAAGUGAGACCUCCCAAGAACAUCACAGUAGUAGCAGGCACGGACCUGGUCCUCCCCUGCCACCUCUCAUCCAAUUUGGCCCAUGCCCGCUGGACCUUCAAAGACCAGGAACUACUUACAAAACAACCCGGCUCCUUCCUUUAUGACACGGGACUCCAGGCGCUGGUGCUGAUGGCCGCCCAGCCCCGCAACACUGGGCUUUAUCACUGCGCUUCAGAGGAGCAGGGCACAAGGCUGCCUGCGGAGAGUUACCUUGUCACUGUGGUGGCCGGCCCGUCGGUGACCCUGGAGGCCCGCGCUCCCUUGGAAAACCUGGGGCUUGUAUGGCUGGCCGUGGUGGCCCUGGGGGCUGUGUGCCUGGUGCUGCUGCUGCUGGUUUUGUCGCUUCGGCGGCGGCUGCGAGAAGAGCUAGAAAAAGGCGCCAAGGCAGCCGAGAGGACACUUGUGUACCCCCUGGAACUGCCCAAGGAACCGACCAGUCCGCCCUUCCGUCCCGGCCCCGAGACUGACGAGAAACUGUGGGAUCCCGUCGGCUACUACUAUUCAGACGGCUCUCUGAAGAUCGUGCCCGGCCACGCCCGGUGCCAGCCCGGGGGUGGGCCCCCGUCCCCCCCUCCUGGCAUACCUGGCCAGCCUCUGCCGUCUCCCACUCGGCUCCACCUAGGGGGGGGUCGGAACUCAAAUGCCAAUGGUUAUGUGCGCUUACAGUUGGGAGGAGAGGACGGAGGGGGCCACGCGCUGCCCGAGCUCGCGGACGAGCUGAGACGGAAACUGCAGCAGCGCCAGCCGCUGCCCGACUCCAACCCAGAGGAGUCUUCAGUAUGAGGGAGCCCCCCCACCUCGUCGGCGGGGGGUUUCCGCAUUUGCACAGGCACCAGCUACCUCAGGGACAUGGCGGGGGCACUUGCUCUGCCUGGGACGGACACUGCCCAGCACUUGCCCAGCCAUGAGGACCUGCUCAGCACGGGCACUGCCACUUGGUGUGGCUCACCAGGGCAUCAGCCUCACAGGAGGUGGGCACACCUCCUCUGUGGAUUGCAGACACGUGGAACCCCAGCAGCCAAAACUUAGCAAGUUUCAAGAUUGUGGGUGUGUUUGUGCAUAUAUGUAUGUGUUGAUGUGUGUAUGGGGGUGCAAGCACCGUGUGUGUGUGUGUGUGUGUGUGUGUGUGUGUGUGUGUGAUAACCUUCCCGUCUCUAUCAAGUCUUCCCUUGGCCUGGGGUUCUCCUGGUGAGUCUUUGGAGCUAUGAAGGGGAAGGGGGGUCAUACCACUUUGCCUCUCCUACCCCCAGCUGUCCUGAGCUUGGGACAGUGGUGUACAUACGGGGAUGGGAUGGACAGGGUGUUGUACCCCUUUUGGGGGAGUGCAGGACUCAGGGCGGGCCUGGUCCUGCUCCUAGGGCUGUGAAUGUUUUCAGGGCGGGGGUUGGGGGUGGAGAUGGAGCCUCCUGCUUCAGGGGGAAGGGUGGGCAGGGCCUCCCGCUUGGCCUCUGGGUUCAGUGGUAUUUUGUACUUGUGCUCUUCCGACAGGGCUGGGAAAGGUUGGGGGAGGGGAGGGAGAGGGCGGGCAUGCUGUGGAUACUGGCAUAUCCUCUCCCAGCCCUAGGAAAAGGGCUCCUGACAGUGUAAUUUAUUGUGUCCCACGUAUUUAUUUGUUGUAAAUAUUUGAGUAUUUUUAUAUUGACAAAUAAAAUGGAGAAAAUGAAGCUUA